AUGGAUCCCACCAAAUCCAGCACCCCGCCGCCGCCCCCCGUCCUGGGCGCGCCCGUCGGCUACCCGCCGGGGGCGUACCCUCCUCCGCCGGGCGCCCCCGCGGCCGCCUACCCGCCGCAGCUCUACGCGCCGCCGGGCGCCGCCGCCGCCCAGCAGGCCGCGGCGCAGCAGCAGCAGCAGCUGCAGGUGUUCUGGGCGGAGCAGUACCGCGAGAUCGAGGCCACCACCGACUUCAAGAACCACAACCUCCCGCUGGCCCGGAUCAAGAAGAUCAUGAAGGCCGACGAGGACGUCCGCAUGAUCGCCGCCGAGGCCCCCGUCGUCUUCGCCCGCGCCUGCGAGAUGUUCAUCCUCGAGCUCACCCACCGCGGCUGGGCGCACGCCGAGGAGAACAAGCGCCGCACGCUCCAGAAGUCCGACAUUGCGGCCGCCAUCGCCCGCACCGAGGUCUUCGACUUCCUCGUGGACAUCGUGCCCCGGGACGACGCCAAGGACGCCGAGGCGGCCGCCGCCGCGGCCAUGGCCACGGCGGCGGCCGGGAUCCCGCGCCCGGCCGCCGGCGUGCCUGCCACCGACCCGAGUAUGGCAUACUACUAUGUCCCCCAGCAGUAA